AUGGCGACGCUCCGGGAGAUGACGUCAGGAGAACCGAGCAGAGACAGACAGUGUGGGACAUCGGUGAGCGUGGAUGGCAGCUGGCUCGGGCUGCUGGCUCGGGCUGCUGGCCGGAUGCAUGCGGAGGCAGAGGAGCGUAGCAGCCAACUGGCCCAGGACAGAGGCAGAGCUGGGGCUGUGGCACUGAGCUCCACAGACAAGGGAUCCAGGUCCAAAGGAGCCGCUGGACGCCAUCUUGAGGGUGAGUGUCCACCACCGCAGCUUGUGUGGCCUUCUCUGGCUGCUCCUCAGCGUCUCUCUGUGAACUCUUCUCUUAUUGUUCUGUUCCAGCGUCUGCAGGAGGACGUGGUGACUUUUGUCAAAGAGCCAUGUGUGAUAUUACGACCACUAACUGACAUUUGGAUUUGA